AUGGCUUCGAAAGACAAAGUAAGUGGUAAGAGAAAGAGGGUGCAUCUAGGUAUUGCUGAAAAGCUAGAACUUAUUAAGAAAGUGGAAAGUGGUGUUUCUGUGGCUAGUGUGUGUGAGGAAUAUGGUGUGAGGAAACAGACAGUGAGUGAUAUACGUAAAUCUAAAGAGAAAUUAAAGGAGUAUUCUGUGAAAUUUAGUGUAGAGAAAAAUAAAGAUAAGAAAGGAGUGGUACACACCCGUAAGCACAUGAAAGCUCCACAGAGUAAGGAGUUAGAGGAGGCCGUGUAUAAGUGGUACGUCCAACAGCGGUCUGUGAAUGUGACUGUGCGGGGGGUCGAGAUCAAGGUGGUCGCUGAUGAACUCGCCCGUCAUAUGGGUAUAGAGUUCAAGGCGAGUGAUGGCUGGUUGUGGCGUUUUCGGAACCGUCACGGCCUAUGCAACACACUUCAGCAUGCUCAAGCUGGUAGUGCUGAUGCCAGUGCUAAUGCCAGUGCUGUGGAACUAUUCCGGCUUAAGCUGAAUGAGCUCAUUAAGACAGAAGACAUGCACUUAAGUCAGGUUUAUAAUGCAGACGAAACUGGACUGUUUUGGCGUUCCCUUCCACGAAACACACAGGCGUUCAGGAAUGAAGAUUCUAUCCCAGUAAAGAAGAUUAUUCAGGACAAAUUCUCAGCGCUGCUGGGCGUUAAUGCUACAGGCACACACCGUCUUAAACCUGUGGUCGUAGGCAAGUCUGCUAAUCCUCGUUGCUUAAAAGACUGCACGCAGGAGUUGCCAGUUACCUACUACAACAGCAAGAAUUCGUGGUUCACCGGUGCUAUUUUUGAAGAUUGGUUCUUCAAUCAUUUCAUACCAGAAGUGCGCAGUUUUCAAGAACAUGUUCUUCACCUGCAUCCUGAGGACGUAAAGGCAAUUCUGCUGUUAGACAACGCACCGGCACAUCCGCACGCAAACAAGCUAGUGAGCGCAGACGGGAAGAUUCGUGCCGUAUUUCUUCCUCCCAAUACUAAAUCGCUUAUCCAACCAAUGGACCAAGGACUGAUGAUCUCCUGCAAGAGAUACUAUCAACGCAAGUAUCUGGACGAAGUUCUUGUUGUUCUAGAAGAUGAAGAAGACUUAGAGGAGGACAGACGAGUCCAGCGAACUCUCAACAACAUCAAUAACUACAAUUUGAAAUCAGCGAUAUACAAUUUUGCAUCAUCUUGGAGGGAUGUGAAGAUAACGACACUUUCCAACGUUUGGAAAAAACUCUUGCUGGACAAGGAUUUCGAGUGUGAUUUUCUUGGAUUCGAGCCUCAAGACUUUCACCAAGUGUUACUGUGUGCUGGAGAGAAAGAUGUGACAUUUGAAGAUGUGGAGAACUGGUUGGAGGACAAUGAUGCAGAUCCUGGGUACCAGAUGUUGUCGACGGAGGAAAUAGCUGAUGCGGUUCUGACGGACAAGGAUGCAGUGGGAGACAGCAGCACUGAUGAAGAGGAGGAAGUGGUGUUAGGACCGAAAAUGUCAGCUGUGAGAGAAAGUCUUGACAUACUCAUCAGUUACGUUGAUUGCACAGACAACCGUGAAAUCCAGGGAUAUUAUGGACACUUACACAAACUUAGAGAACUUGUUAUUCGGGACCAGUAUCAGCGAGGGAAACAGCUAAAGCUGGAUCCUCUAUAA